AUGGCAGAGCCUAAGUGUGAACAGUGGAUAGGCAUAGCACAUAAAUAUUAUGAAAAAACUCAAUUUCCUAACUGUAUAGGGGCUGUUGAUGGGAAACAUAUAAGAUGUGUCAACCCUAAAAACUCUGGAUCAAUAUUUUUCAAUUACAAAAAAUAUUUUUCUAUAGUUCUCAUGGCAAUUGUAGACUCAGAAUAUUGUUUUAUUUCUAUUGAUGUCGGGGCAUAUGGAAGAGAAGGAGAUUCAACUGUUUUCAAAGAAAGUCCAUUUGGAAAGAAAUUAUAUGCUGAACAACUUGGUCUUCCAGAGCCAAUUUGUUUACCAAACACAUAUGACAAUCCUCAACCUUUUGUACUUGUUGCUGACGAGGCAUUUGGACUACAUAAAAACCUACUUAGACCAUUUCCAGGACGUGGACUGGACCAAAAAAAAAGAACUUUCAACUAUAGAUUGUCAAGGGCACGGAGAUACGUUGAAUGUACGUUUGGAAUUUUGGCCAAUAAAUGGAGGGUUCUGCACACAGCAAUCAAUGUUGAACCUGAUUUUGGAGAUGUAAUUGUAAAAGCUUGUUGUGUACUUCACAAUUUUGUCAGGAGACGAGAUGGAUAUAAAUUUGAGGACACACUAUCUAAUACUUUAGAGGAAAUUGCAGUGAACAGAAAUGGAGUUGGGGCUCGUUCCCAAGGUAUUGAUGUUCGUAGCUACUUUUCAGAUUAUUUUAUGGAUGCAGGAUCUGUACCAUUUCAGUACCGGUUUGGAUAA